CGGAUCUGUGUCUGUAUCUCCAGCUGUGUGGCUCCAGUCCCGCAGGCAGGGUCGGCCAUGUUGUUGUGUGGGGGUUUAUGCAAGUUUAGUAGUAGGAAGUAGAAGCUACAAAGAGGUGGAAUACUUUAGGAUCUCACUUUCUUUUCUUCUUCUUUUUUUUUUUCUAAAUCACUGUCAUGCCGCUGCGGGAUUCCUCCUCUCUGACCUCUCCUUCCUGAAAACAAUGACUGCCUCCUCCAUCAGCUCCGCCAUCCUUAAGGACUGUAACACUUGAGCUGCUUUGAUUUAACUUCAGCACUAAAUCUGACCACAGUUCCUCUGCUGGAUGGAUGAAGUGAGGAUGAAGGCGGCUCGGUCCCGCUUGGAAUAACUCGGAUCUUUCUUUUCUUUCUUUUUUUUUUUCCUUUCCCGGAUCUGAUUCAAGGGGUGGAAGGAAAAAGGAGAAAACACCCAAAGAAGGACGCGGAUUCGUGAAGUAAGGGCGAGACGAUGGGCUGCAUAAAGAGCAAAGAGGACAAAGGCCCCACAAUGAAGUACCAGCCAGAGAAUUCCCUGGCGUCGGACCCCAACGCCGCCGCCGCCACCGCCACACCUCAUGUAGGUCACUACGGGCCGGAUCCCACCCAGCUGCAGCAGAAUCAGCCUCCCUCAUCCACAUCUGGCUCAGCGGCUACAAAUUUUAAUCACACCCUCACACCUUUUGGUGGAUCCUCAUCUGCCAUAACUCCCUUCGGAGGGAUGUCGUCCUCCUUCUCUGGUCCUGUGUCCAACUCAUUCUCUGGUGCUGUCUCAAGUGGCGUUACGUUCUUUGUGGCCUUGUACGACUAUGAAGCCAGAACGUCGGAUGAUCUUACGUUUAAAAAGGGAGAUCGCUUCCAGAUCAUCAACAAUACAGAAGGAGACUGGUGGGAGGCUCGCUCCAUCAACACGGGGAAGAAAGGCUACAUCCCGAGCAAUUAUGUGGCCCCUGCUGACUCCAUCCAGGCUGAGGAGUGGUAUUUUGGUAAAAUGGGCCGCAAAGACGCUGAGAGGUUGCUGCUGAAUACAGGGAACCAUCGUGGAACUUUCCUGGUGCGAGAAAGUGAAACUACUAAAGGUGCUUAUUCCCUCUCCAUACGAGACUGGGAUGAAGCCAAAGGAGACAAUGUGAAACACUACAAGAUCCGCAAGCUUGACAACGGGGGAUACUACAUCACCACACGAGCGCAGUUUGACACAUUACAGAAGCUUGUCAAACACUAUACAGAGCAUGCCGACGGGCUUUGCCACAAGCUGACCACGGUUUGCCCCACGGUCAAGCCUCAGACCCAGGGGCUUGCUAAAGAUGCCUGGGAGAUUCCCCGGGAGUCCCUACGACUGGAGCUCAAACUGGGCCAGGGCUGCUUUGGAGAGGUCUGGAUGGGCACGUGGAAUGGCACCACUAAGGUGGCCAUAAAGACGCUGAAACCAGGAACCAUGUCGCCUGAGGCCUUCCUCCAAGAGGCUCAGAUCAUGAAGAAGCUCAGACACGACAAACUGGUGCCUCUCUAUGCUGUGGUGUCUGAGGAACCCAUCUACAUUGUUACAGAAUACAUGACCAAAGGAAGCCUGCUUGACUUUCUCAAAGAAGGCGAUGGCAAAUUCUUGAAGCUCGUCUUGCUGGUGGACAUGGCUGCAAAGAUCGCUGACGGCAUGGCUUUCAUCGAGAGGAUGAACUACAUCCACAGGGAUCUGCGCGCUGCCAAUAUCCUCGUGGGCGACAACCUGGUGUGCAAGAUCGCCGACUUUGGUCUGGCCAGGUUGAUAGAGGACAAUGAGUACACAGCCAGGCAAGGAGCCAAAUUUCCUAUUAAAUGGACGGCCCCAGAGGCUGCGCUGUACGGCCGCUUCACCAUCAAGUCAGACGUCUGGUCCUUCGGGAUCUUACUCACCGAGCUCGUCACCAAAGGCAGAGUGCCUUACCCAGGUAUGGUGAACCGGGAGGUGCUAGAGCAGGUGGAGCGAGGCUACCGCAUGCCCUGCCCCCAGGGGUGCCCCGAGUCCCUGCACGAGAUGAUGAAGCUCUGCUGGAAGAAGGAGCCGGACGAGAGGCCCACGUUCGAGUAUCUCCAGUCUUUCCUGGAGGACUAUUUCACCGCCACAGAGCCACAGUAUCAGCCUGGGGAGAACUUAUAGCCCACCAGUUUUCUUUUUUUUUUUUUUGUUUUCAUUCAUGGUACUGCUCGCGUCUUAGCUGUGUGAAUUUCAGAUUUUUUUCGGGGGUGGAUUUAAUCAUCAUGUACACAUUGGCAGAUUGUGGAUAUGGACACACACAUUUAUUUCAGCUGUUUUACAUGCACAGCUCACGAACACAGCACCAUGUUGCUGUGAAAUAAGCUGUGAUAAACAAAAGAAAAACAUUUUAUUGAGAGUAGCAGGCCUCUCGUGUGUAUCAAUGUGGAGAUCUCACACAUUUUUAUCCAAAUUGUAGUCUUUGUGGUAGAUUAGUAAAUUAUGCGAAUUAAUUUCGGAACGAAUUAAUUAUUGACAGAAAUAAUAUGUUAAACUCAUAAGGAGAAGCUCUCAGGGGGUUGAUGGUCAUUAUCGCAGUCCAUUUGACAGUGAUUAUUUAAAAGCAAAUCCCACACAGCUUAACUUUAUUUACAUUUUAUCAGCUACGGUGCAAUUUAGUUUUUUUUUUUAUUUGUUACAAAUGGGCGACUAGAGAAAGACUCACACUGUGUUAUUCCUCUCUGGUCUCUUGGUUUUUAAUUUUUUUUUAAAGUUAUGUUCCUUUAAGAAUUUAUUAUUUCAAGAAUUUAUUCAUAUCAUGUGGACAUGGUUUUAUAGCUUCAUUUGAAGUCUUUCCUCACUGUCCAUCAACAUCCAGAAAUCUCUGCUUAGACUUUUUUUUUUGUUUUAUAACAAUUUCUUGUAUAAUCUCACUGUGAUGACUACAGAGACGUGCUUACAUAAAAACGGUCUGUAUAAUGUGUCACCGGGUUUUACAGCAAGGUAAGUCACGCGGUGAUGAACCUCAUGGACUUGUGGCUUCUGGCCAAGCUGGAAUGACUCUAUACAUGUGAAACUGCUGCCAAUCAAGCAUGCAGGAGGAUUUGACUGGCCACAGGAAUAUUUCAUGAAGGUGGAGAACAAGAAAAAAAGAAACAGAUAAGUUGUAAACAACCGUCUUAUCUUCCAAAAUGUAACUGCUGAAGAACUCUCAAGUUCAUGUAUCCAAGGUGGCUCUGCAAAAACUAUUUGUACGACAGUGACAGUUUUUUUUUUUUUUUAUAGUGAUUUUCUCUUUGCAUUUUCCUCCCGUAUGGACUCAUCUGGACAGUAUUCUAAUGGAAUUAUUGAUAGCUGAGCUUGUAAAGAAGGGCUUUGUAUAUUAUGAAAUCCUCAUUUUAUAUUAUUAAUGAAAUGGACAAUA